AGAUGAAUAAAUGAACGAAAAGCUUGGUAAUCAAAUCUCUUUCUCUCCCCCCACCCCAAGCAAUCUCUUUUUCACGAAGACAGCGAAAGACCUGUGUGACGGCCACAUCUGGUACUCUGUCCUAAAUCGACCCGCCAGCAGUAACUUCACUCGAGUCCAGCGCCUCUCUUGCUGUUUAUCCUUGCUGCUCUGCACCAUGCUAACCAGCAUCAUGUUCUGGGGGAUUCCCAAAAGCCCCUCUGAACAAGACAUGGAAUUAGGCACUAUCAAGUUCAACGUGCAACAGUUUAUGAUCGGCAUCCAGAGUUCCAUUAUCAUGUUCCCUGUCAACCUCUUGAUCGUGUCCAUAUUCAGAAGCACUCGGCCUCGGAAAAAGAAGGAGGUAGCGAUAAUUCAGGAUUCCAAAUCUGGAUCUCCAAAGCAGGAGAAAAAGCUUGCUGAGAGAUGGCGCAUUCAGACAGACAUUUCCAUUGAGAUCAUUGUCAAAGAAAUAAAGAAAAUAGUUCGCGCCCUGGCGAAGGCAGUGAAGUGUCCAGUUCCAAACGCAGCAGAGGAAUCUGAAACAACAGACAUCAGCACAGUAUUGUUUGUCCUGGAAGAUAUCAUCCAGAAGCAGACUUUCACUCAUGCCAGGUUUUAUGUAGAAGAUCCCGAAAACAAUCACUUCUUAGUAUACAAGAACUAUCGGCGCUAUCUCUACAAACAGCUCCGGAAUUUGGAAAAACAGCUGAGGUUGCUGGGUCCUUCACAAUUCCCUAAUCCAGAGGGUUACACUCAGGCUCUGCUUAAGGUUCGGAAUAUGAAACUGCUGCUGGAGCCGCAUCUCUACUCCGACCCUAUAGACAACGAGGUCCACAGAACCGGCCCUGACGGAGAGGAAAAGAAAAAGUGCUAUCAGAAAGGUUUACCCUGGUGGUUUAUGAUCGUGGGUUGGAUUCUCGUUGUGGCCACUAGUGGCGUGUCGGCGUACUUCACCAUGAUGUAUGGGCUGACGUACGGAAAGGAGCGCUCCAUCAGCUGGCUCAUUUCGAUCUCGGUGUCCUUCUUUGAGAGUUUGUUCGUCACACAGCCUGUAAAAGUGCUUGGAUUGGCAAUCUUCUUUGCUCUAGUGGUGAAAAAUGUUGAAAGUCAGGAUGAGAAUUAUUUUUGCCUGUUGAAGGACAUGACACUUACCUACUCAGAGGAUCCCGAUGAUAUACGCAUUUCCAGAAGGGACAGCACGAGCAGGUUCUACAAGCCGCCUCCUCUUGCUGACAUUGAGAAAAUGAAGGAAAACUAUAUCAAAAAUCAGAAAGCCAUUGCCUUAAUCAAGGAGAUAAUCGUCUACAUAGCGUUCUUGUGCGUACUACUCUUGGCGACGUAUGGUCAGCGCGAUCCAAAUGCUUUUUAUCUCAAUCGGCACAUUCAGCAACGUUUCAGCAACGGUAUCACUGACAGCAUGACCCCCAGAGAUGUGUUUACCUGGGCAAAUCAAGUGCUCAUCAGCAACCUCUACGGACGGCGUCCAGGCUUCAUCACAGAUGGAAACUCGAAGCUUGUGGGAAGUGCUCGUCUCAGGCAGGUUCGAGUGCACAAGGAAUCGUGUAGAAUUUCUAAAGUCAUGCAACGUGCCGUUCCUGAUUGUCAUGCGCCAUACUCUUGGGGUAUAGAGGAUAUGGGCUCCUAUGGUCCAGGAUGGAAUCGUUCAAGAGAUGGAAAUUUGACUAAGAACCUCCAAAUGCCCUGGCAAUACCAAACCCAGUCCAAACUCAGGGGGCACCCUAUCUGGGGCUCCAUGGCUUUCUACAGAGGUGGAGGAUUUGUACUGGACCUGGGUCUUGACCCACAACAAGCAAGCAGCAUGCUACAGUACCUGUUUGACAACACGUGGUUGGACGUAUUCACAAGGGCGAUCUUUGUCGAGUUCACGGUAUACAAUGCAAACGUCAACCUCUUCGGUAUUGUGACCCUGAUGCUAGAAACCAACGCAGUGGGAGCGUACCAGUACAGCAAAGAGUUGCAGAUCUUACGUCUUUAUCAGACCACGGAUGGCAUUAAUAUAGUGGCCACUGAGGUCAUUUAUUUCCUUUUCAUUCUCUAUUAUAUGUUCUUGCAGAUCAAGAGGAUCAAGCAGCAGAAAUUACAGUACUUCAGGAGCAAGCAUAACCUUUUAGAACUGUCCAUCAUUCUUCUAAGCUUGGCUGCAGUGGGCGCAAUCAUCAAUAGGACGAUUAAAGGAAACCAAGAUCUGAAGUAUUUCCAGGAGAACAAAGACCAAUUUCCAAGCUUCUACGACACGGCCGCAGCAGACUCGACCCUGGGGUACAUUAUGGCUUUCCUGAUUCUGCUGGGCACCAUCAAAAUGUGGCACCUGUUACGCCUGAACUCCAAGCUGAACUUGAUUACCUGCACGAUGAAGCGAGCGUGGAAUGACAUCUCCAGCUUCAUCGUGGUCCUAAUCAUCAUGGUCCUAGCCUACUCCAUUGUGAGUAAUUUGCUGUUUGGUUGGAUUCUCUACACGUACAAGACUCUUCAAGAUUCCAUGUUAGCGAUCAUCGCCUUACAGCUUGGCAUAUUCAAUUAUGAAGAGGUCCUGGAUUUGAACCCGGUGGUCGGUGGCUUCCUAAUUCUCUCUUGCGUCAUCUUCUUGACGUUCGUGGUGCUAAACCUUUUCAUCGCAGUCAUCCUUGAGGCGUUCAGUCACGAGCAAAAGCACUACAAGCCGUCUGACGAGGAGGAAAUAGUAGACCUGAUGAUGGGAAAGAUCUGCAACGCGUUCGGCAUCAGAGUGAAGAAGAAAUGACGAAGGAAACCAAACAUGACCCGCCUCCCCACCUUUUCCUUACACUUUUGUCACAUGCUUAAGAUUAACAUUAAGCCGUUCUGAUUGUGUAGCUGUCGAAG